GGGUUGGACUCGAUGACCUCCUUGGGUCCCUUCCAAGCCCUGACAUCCUGUGAGCCUGUGAAAGCAUCUUCCCAGCUGAACAAACGACCCUGCAGUAAGUUUGGGCAUGCUUUUAUGUUACUAAAUACUAAUCAGUCACUUGCAUUAGUAUCAGAUCUGCCUUACACAAAGCCCCUAACGGCCACGCUGAGGAGAGUUCUGCCAGAGGAGCAAACACCCACGGCAGAGCUGUGCUGAGGGCUAAACACUUCUUUAUUUCUGUUCACUUUACAGGACAGGCCAACAGCUGGGCACAGAUGAAAGCCCCUCGAGUGGAUCCUAAGCACAGGAGCUGAGCCGUCCUGCGUUUCUGCUCUGCUCCUGCUGCCCCCUGGGCUCCGUGCAGCCCCGCGUCACAAUGGGGCAUGGCGCCGGGACACGCCGGCGCUUGUGACCUCAGCGGGCCAGUGCCUGCCGAGGGAAUGGCUCCGCCAGAGGGAAUCCUCUCAUCCGAGGAGAUCUGCCUGGAGUGGCAGCAGAGACAGGGCCCUGGAGCUGGCCUCUACAACAUGGGCGAGACCUGCUUCAUCAACUCUGUCCUGCAGUGCCUGACCUACACCCCCCCUCUGGCCAACUACUUCCUCUCCGGGCUGCACAGGCGCUCCUGCCAGCAGCAAGUCUUCUGCAUGAUGUGCACGAUGGAAGCACACAUCUGUGACGUCCUGCAGGCUGCAGGCAGCAUCCUGGAGCCCCUGAGUGUCCUCGAGAGCCUCCAGUGUGUUGGAGAUCUGUUCCUGGAUGGCAGGCAGGAGGAUGCACACGAGUUCUUCUGCUUCCUGCUGAUGGCCAUGCAGGCAGACUGUCCAACUGAGAGCAGCAGGAGAGACCUGUGCCCAGGGCUUUCAGACAAAGCCAGGCUCCGGGAGGAGAGAGCUCUCUACCCGACGCCAUUUCUUUCCAGCCUGGAGCUCUGCUUGCCCUCCAGGAACAUCAUCCAGCAAAUAUUCGAGGGCCUUCUGAGAUCCAGACUCACCUGCCUGAGCUGCGACGCUGUCUCUGAUUCCUACGAGCCCUUCCUGGAUGUCCCCUUGGAUGUCGGGGGAGCCUCAUCUGUCAGCGCAGCUCUGCAGGGCUUCGUGCAGCCAGAGCUGCUGGACGGAGCAAACUGCAUCAGAUGCAGGAGCUGUGACACUGUGGCUGCAGCCUCCAAGGGGUUCAGCAUCCAAGACGCGCCCCCGGUCCUGACGCUGGCUCUGAAGAGGUUUGGCAUGACCGGCAGAAAGCUCAGCAAGGCUGUGGAGUUCCCCCUGAGCCUGGACCUUCGCCCAUACAUGUCCCAGGCACGGGGAGAGCUGUGCCUGUACAGCCUCUACGCUGUGCUGGUGCACAGAGGCGGCGGCAGUGCCAGCGGGCACUACUUCUGCUACGUAAAGGCCAGCAACGGGCUGUGGUACCGGAUGGACGACACCUCCGUGACGCCCUGCGCCGUGGGCACCGUGCUGCGGCAGCAAGCCUACCUGCUGUUCUACGUCAGGUGCUCUGCUCCAGACACUGCAGAGACCACUGCUUCGUCUCCAGAGUCACCACAGGCACAGGCAGAGCACCUUAGUGCCUGUGAGGCUGGCAGUGGGCAGCUGGCUUCUCCCCACUGCCAGAGUGGCAACGGUGCCAGGAAGAGGCUGCGGAGCAGAUCCUUGCAGCAGGACAAUGAUCCCUGUGGCAGCGCUUCCACGGACACCACAGGCUGCAGCCCACCAGCAGGGAGAAGGAGGAGGACUGAUCCUCCAAACCCUGACGGGGCUUCCAGGGAAGUAGCAACUGCAGGGCCCUCCCCUGACAGCCCCAAGCAGGUUCCUGUGCCCACAGCUGCUGUUGAACAGACUCAGCUGGGCAUAGGCUGCAGCCCACCAGCAGGGAGGAAGAGGAAGGCUGAUCCUCCUAACUCUGACAGUGCCCCCAAACGCAUCAGAACAGCAGGACCCUUAUCCAAGGCUGCAGAUUACUUCAGAUCCCUUCUUCACGAUGGCCUCUGUAGGAAAGUGGAGGAGGAGGAGGUUGAAGGGAAGAAACCUCAACCAAAGAAAGCCAGACCACUGCUGCCUUCAGCUAAGAAAGACUCCAGCAAGCUGAAGUGA